AUGCCUAGUACUUUAUCUAAAGCAGACCACCUCUGUGUGUUGGUCCACGGACUUUGGGGUAACCCAUCUCACCUCGAUUAUAUCGCCUCUGUACUAUUAGAGAGGUAUGGCGAUGACAGCCUCUACAUCCUUUGCCCGAAAGCAAACAGCGGAAAUUACACCUAUGACGGCAUCGAGCUCGGCGGAGAACGAUUAGUGCGCGAGGUGGAGGAGACACUCGAGUCCCUUGCGAAGAAGGGACAGAAAAUCACAAAGAUCAGUGUAAUUGGAUAUUCACUCGGUGGUCUUCUCGCGCGCUAUGCGAUCGGUCUGUUGAACGCGCGAGGAUGGCUGGAUAAGCUACAGCCCAUGAACUUUACGACCUUUGCGACACCCCAUGUCGGUGUUCGAACACCGCUGAAGGGAUUCAGUAAUCAAAUUUGGAACGAAAUAGGCCCGCGGACGCUAUCGAUGUCCGGACGGCAGAUGUGGUUAAUCGACUCGUUCCGGGAUACUGGGCGGCCGCUGCUCAGCGUUUUAGCUGAUCCCGAGAGCAUUUUCAUACAGGGACUGAAGAAGUUCCAAACUCGCAGUGUCUAUGCAAAUAUUGUCAAUGAUCGCUCUGUUGUUUUCUAUACAUCUGCUUUGUCAAAAGUGGACCCGUUCCGGACUUUGGAUGAGCUGAACAUUAACUAUGUCAAGGGCUAUGAGGAUGUGAUUAUCGACCCUGACCUCUAUGUGUUACCACCCGCCCAAAAGAAACCCGCAACAAUGGCCCACAAGAUUUGGAAGAAAUGCAAAUCUCUGGCAAUAUGGGUGCCUUUGUCAAUACUUCUCGUUGUCCUCGCGCCAGUGGCUAUCAUUAUCUUCUUGAUCAAUGCUGGCAUCCAGACUGUCCGCAGCUCCAAUCGCAUUCGCCUACAUCAUAAGGGCGACCACGGUGCAUUCUUCGGAAGAUACAGAGUACCUGUCAUUGUUCAAGAUGUGCAGUAUGUUGUGGAGGAGGUGUUUGAAAACGUCACAGCCCGACAAGAUCCGGCUUAUCUGUCUAACAGUGAUGUCGACUUGUCUGACUCUGGUUCGAAGGUUGCUGAGAACAAUGACGAGUCUGUAUCAAGGUCUCCCACCCUUUCCUCUGCUACUGCAGUCUCUCCGCACUCUCCCAAGCUUGCGUUGUCACGCGAUCAAGCUGCCAUCAUCGACUCACUCAACGCAGUGGGAAUCAAUAGAUACCCUGUUCACAUCCAGAAACACCGACACAGCCACGCAGCCAUCAUCGUCCGAAGCCCCAAAGACGGGUUUCGAGAAGGCAAGCUUGUGAUGAAGCACUGGAUGGACAACGAAUUCGCUGUAUAA